GCUUGUUUGUUUCUGUGAAAAUACAUCUUGAUAUCUAGCUGUUAUACACUGAUUAAAGCCAGCAAUUUUAAUAUAUUUUUUAAAAAAAACAUAAUUCAAGUAGCAAAUAUGCUGGCUAGGGUUGAGUAAGCAGACCUCUUGAGAACUUACAAGACCCUGUGAAGAAAUCCAGAGAUGAAUCUUCUAAGCUUGUCAACCACCUUAUUAUUGGUGUUAUUUCAGAGACAUACAGUAGGGAAACCUCUCCAGGGAACCCAAGCAAGCAAUGACACAGGAGAAAGUGAUUUGCAUCAAGAUGAUAUUGUCUAUAGAAGAAGAAUCCAGCGCAGCGCCAUGAGCUGCAGUGGGAGGUGCUAUUGGCCCAAAGCGCCAGAUGGACUAGUCAACAUUCCAGUCAGCAUCUCUACAGAGUUUUCUAUAGAAGAAAGGCUUGUGAUACUGGAAGCCAUGCAAGAAUUUGUCACACUGACAUGCAUCCGGUUUAUCAAUUACACAUCAGAAUAUGACUACAUAAACAUUAUCCCUGGAAAUACGUGUUGGUCUUACUUUGGAAAAAUUGGAGGUAGACAACAUUUGGGAUUGGCAAAACAUGGCUGCGUGUACAAAGGAUUAAUCCAACAUGAACUCAACCAUGCACUAGGUUUCCUACAUGAACACGCUCGAAGUGACCGAGAUGAGUAUGUUAAAAUCAACUUGGAAUAUGUUAUAGCAGGAGAAAGGGGUAAUUUUGAGAAAGUAAACUCUACUAAUCUGUAUCUUCCCUAUGACUACAAUUCAGUGAUGCACUAUGGCGCGUAUGAUUUUUCUAACACUGUCGGGAAACCAACUAUUGUCCCCAUCCCUAACAAAUCAGUACCAAUUGGUCAGAGAGUUGGACUGAGCAAUCUUGAUGUGAAAAAAAUCAACAAGCUCUAUGGUUGUAAUUCCUGUAGCACUGUACUCCAUAGCUCAAGUGGCAUUUUAUCCUCUGACAAUUACCCACAUCCAUACCCUAAAAAUGUCACAUGUCUGUGGCUGAUAAGAACUGCACAAGAAAAGGUCUAUCUGAAUUUUCGUGAUUUUGAUAUCCAACCAUCUUCAAACUGCACCUGUGACUAUGUCCGAAUUUAUGAUGGGAACAAUAGAAAUGCUCAUGUUCUCAUUGAUAGGUUUUGUGGAAUAGGGCAACUGCCUGCAGUUAUGGCUUCUGGAAACACAAUACUUUUGGAAUUUGUGAGUGAUGGGGAUACUACGUCAACAGGUUUUACAGCCUUCUAUACCCAUGUGAAAUGUGGGGGAACUUUCACUGAUGCUUCUGGAGCAAUCACUUCCCCAGAAUAUCCCAGAAGAUACCCACCAAACCAAGCCUGCCUGUGGAUUAUUAGUGCUCCAGCAGGAAGAAGGAUAUUUCUCACAGCAGCCUUCUUUGAACUGGAACAUAUCUUUGGGUGCCGAUAUGACAGACUUGUCCUUCGUGAUGGUGGCCAACGUCAUUCUCCACUUGUGGGCACUUUCUGUGGAAAGAUGAAGAUCCAAAGUUUCAUUUCUACUGGGAGUUUUCUGCGUAUAGAAUUUUAUUCUGACAACAUGUUUGAAUUUUCUGGAUUCAGAUUGCAAUACUCAAUCCGUACUAUUGACUGAUGACUUUUUCUGUUAAUAAAAGGUUUUUAAAA